AUGCAAGCUUCGGAAAGACAUGGGUUUGAGGGAGAAGGCUUCUCGUAUUUGAAAAGUCCCAUCUGGUGGGGUGGGGUCAUUACCUUGGCCAUGGGAGAAAUUGCCAACUUUGCGGCUUAUGCUUUCGCGCCUGCCAUCCUGGUUACGCCUUUGGGUGCGCUGAGUGUCCUCAUCGGUGCCGUCCUUGGUUCCUAUUUCCUGAAGGAAAGACUGGGCGUUCUGGGCAAACUGGGAUGUGCCAUGUGCCUGCUUGGCUCAGUGGUCAUUGUUCUCCAUGCGCCCCCAGACAAACCGGUGGAAAGAAUCGAUGAGAUUUUGAGCUAUGCGCUGCAACCAGGAUUUCUCGUUUACUGCCUCGCUGUCGCGAUUUACUCCACCGUUAUGAUCUAUCGAGUUGCGCCCGUCUACGGCAAGAAGAAUCCAUUGAUUUACAUCUCGAUCUGUUCCACCGUCGGCUCGGUUUCAGUCAUGUCUGUCAAGGCAUUCGGCAUCGCGGUGAAGCUGACCUUAGGGGGAAACAACCAAUUCACUCAAGCAUCAACAUAUGUGUUCAUGAUUGUCACCGGCUUCUGUAUCUUGACCCAGAUGAAUUAUUUCAACAAAGCACUUAAUCAGUUCUCCACAUCGAUUGUUAAUCCGCUAUACUAUGUCACGUUUACAACUGCCACGCUAUGCGCUUCAUUUAUUCUCUUCAAAGGUUUCAACACCAGCGAUGCUGUGAACACAAUUUCUUUGCUCUGCGGUUUCCUGACAAUAUUUGCCGGCGUUUACCUUCUGAACCUCUCUCGACAUGAUCCAGAUGGGCGACAAAUGCUUAAUUACAAGCUUGACGAUGAAGGCGUUCCCACAGAUGGAAUUGCUGGCUUUCAAACGCGACGGUCUAUGCAAUCUCGACGCAGUAACGAGCCACAUCGCCGGAGUUCUUCGAGCUUUGCAUAUAUGAAUGGGAAUGGAGACCGCGAAGGGCUGAUCCGCGCGUAUGACGUCGAGAACCAGGCCUUUGGGUUAUCAGAAAUGAAUGAAGGGAGCGACGGAGAGCCAGGUCCUACCUAUGCACGAAGCGAGGAGCUCAGUCGUACCUCACAGCGACCCAAUAAGCAUGACACGCCAUAG